AUGAUGUUCAGUGGUCAGACUCUUGGAUGUCGCUCGAUGAAACGGAGACUUCUUCAGAAACAUGGAAUCUUUAUAGGAAGGGAUGACGUUUUGUGUUUAUUGAGAAUAAUCGAUCCUGAUGGAGUUGAUCUGAGAGCGAGUCACUGCUUGACAAGAAGAAUGCAUCUAAACAAUGGACCAAAUUAUCUUAUACAUGUUGAUGGUUACGACAAAUUAAAGCCAUUUGGUUUCGCUAUUCAUGGUGCGAUGUGUGGAUUUUCAAGGCGAAUAUUGUGGCUUCAAGUUGCAAGAACGAACAAUGACCAUUGUGUUGUAGCUUCAUAUUUCUUGAAAUACCUGGAGGAAAUAAACAGUGCUCCAAGGUGCGUGAGACUUGAUGCUGGAACUGAAAAUAUAUACAUUGAGGACAUUCAAAAAUCUUUUUGUCGGUACCAUGAUGAUGACAUGUGUGGAGAAAAGAGUGUUAUCAUAGGAAGAUCAAUGUCUAACCAG